AUGGCAAACGGUCGCUCGUCGCAGGAUGAGCGUAAGCUCGAGGGUGGUGGUGCUGCUGCUCCUCCUCAAGACAAUGGUCUUCACCCGGCCUUCUACAUUGCUCUGUGGAUUGCCCUGAGUUCUAGCGUCAUCCUGUUCAACAAAUGGGUUCUUGCGAGUGCCAAGUUCGAUUUCCCUCUGUUCCUGACCACCUGGCACAUGGUGUUCGCGACUGCGAUGACCCAGAUUCUCGCUCGCUGCACUACCGUGCUCGACUCGCGUCACAAGGUUCCCAUGAACCCGGCUACCUACACUCGUGCCAUUGUGCCCAUUGGUAUCAUGUUCAGUUUGAGUCUGAUUUGCGGUAACCUGGCAUACCUCUACCUGAGUGUCUCUUUCAUUCAGAUGCUGAAGGCUACCAACGCUGUCGCGACUCUCCUGGCUACCUGGGCUUUCGGCAUCGCCCCCACCAAUAUGAAGGCUCUCGGCAACGUCUUGCUGAUUGUUGUCGGUGUUGUGAUUGCCUCGUUCGGCGAGAUCAAGUUCGAGAUGGUCGGUUUCCUCAUCCAGGUCGCCGGUAUCGUCUUCGAGGCCCUCCGUCUUGUCAUGGUCCAGCGUCUGCUUAGCUCCGCUGAGUUCAAGAUGGACCCUUUGGUCUCUCUGUACUACUACGCCCCCGCCUGCGCCAUCACCAACGGUGUUGUCACCCUCUUCACUGAGGCUCCCCGUCUGACCAUGGGCGACAUCUACGGUCUCGGCAUCGGCACUCUCGUUGCCAACGCACUGGUUGCUUUCCUUCUUAACGCCUCCGUCGUCUUGCUGAUUGGCAAGACCUCUGCCGUCGUCCUGACCAUGGCCGGUGUCCUCAAAGAUAUUCUCCUUGUCGCUGCCUCCAUGCUGAUUUUCCACGACCCCGUCACUGGCCAGCAGUUCUUCGGUUACUCCAUCGCCCUGGCUGGUCUGGUGUACUACAAGCUCGGUGCUGAGAAGUGCCAGAGCCUUGUUGCCGAUGUGCGCCUCCAGGUCGGCGAGUACAACCGCGCCAACCCUGCCCGCACCAAGGCCAUUGCUAUCGGUGUGCCUUGCAUUCUCGUCCUGCUUGUUCUGUACAGUGGUACCUCUGCCUCUGCUCAGGUUACCAAAUAA